AGCCAUCGUUGAAUCGUGUGUAUGUACAUGUUGGCUGUGUGCGACACGAUGUAACCGACUGUUUGCUUGGCUGAGUACGAGAAACAAAACUCGUGCACAACUUAUAUCGAAGCCGAACAAAAACAUAUUCGCUCAUAACCAGUCGAACAGUCUGUGCAAAAAUACAUGAACUUAUUAGUCGGCUGCUGUUGCUGCUUCUGUUGCUACUAAUUUUGAGCAGAUAGCUUUAUUUUGUCCAAGUGUCAGUCGUUUUGUGCCUUUUGCAUUUUAGAUCAUAUAGUCCAUUAAUAAAACCAAAACUAUACUACGGGAAAUUCGAUAAAGCGAGAAAAAAACAAUGGGAAAUGUAAUUAUCGAAUAUACUAAAAUAGUGUAGCAUAAAUUUUUAUAAAAGAAAAAACAAGGAAGUAAAUGUGGCACUCAAGCAACAGGCAGCAAGUGCAAGGAAAAAUCUGUGAUAAAAUGUGACCAUCGAUGUUUUCAAUUUAAUUUGAAAUGUUGGAGCUUGUUCUAUUUUUCGUUACCGUAAAAAGUAAAACUUUUGAUUGAUAUUGUUAGUAAUGUGUAAAAUUGUAUUGUUGAAAUAUAUCGCAAAAUUUGUUCGAUAGCAUUGAACUUUUCAGUGAGUCUUGCGUCAAAGCAUCGUCACCUGUGUAUAGCAUAGAACGCGCACGGUACACGUGUGUUCGGAGUAAAUUAAGUUGUUGACCAAGUGUGAAACCGAGCGAGUGCGUACUUCUGAAUUGGAGAGAGAAAGCAACAAGUCAUCGAACUAUUUUGCGCGAUACACAUAAUACAAAUAACGACCAGAAGCUGGCUAGAGCAAAUAAACGACAGUGACUAAAUGCCAUACGCGCACUCAUUCUUUUUAUUCUCUUGCGUUGAAUAAUCAGUAUUUUUUUAAUCCGCCGUUGUUGUGUUGUUGAUUCUUUGCAACAGCCUGUGCGCACCCCACAGAAAAUAUCAAUAUGGAUUCAAAAAAAACGAAUGAUUCCAUUGAAUCGGAAAACAAAGAGACUAUCGAGCAAAUUUUGCGUUUUCACGAAUGUGAUGACAGCAUACUGGUAAAAAUGAUCAUUUCGAUGGCGGGCAGCCAAGAAGGGGACAACUAUAUGUCAGUGGUGAAGCGUCUCAUUGUUAGUGGGACACACGACAAAAAUCAAAAUCAAAAUGAUAUAUAUCAACGCAGUUUAAUUGUAAAGCGACAGCUACAAAAUUUGAAGAGACGUAUAUUAUUCCGCGCUGAUUUUGCCUUUGCUAAUGAAAUUGUUGCAUAUACGAAAGUUAUGCCGCAAUUCCACCAGUUUGCGGAUAGCGUUGGGCUACCCUUACCAUUUGUAAAUUGUUUGUUCGCCGGGACAGAUGAAAACGAUGAUGAUCUGAUUGUUUUGGAAGAUCUAAAGCCAUUUGGUUAUCGAAUGGGAAAUCGAUUAAAAGGUCUUGAUUACAUACAAUGCAAACUCGUAUUACAGGAAUUGGGAGUUGUACAUGGCUUGAGUCUAGCGGCCAAGAUCUUGCACUGCAAUGAAUUUGCGGAGGUGGUUUCAAAUAUAGGUGAAUCCAUCUAUUGUGCUGAGGCGGCAGAUUUUUUUACACAUAGCUUGGAGUGUUCAUUGAAAGAGGCAUUGUUCAGUCUACGAAAUUCGAGUCAAACCUAUGUAAACCUCGCCCCUGCUAUUCUACAAGUAGAGAAGCUCAAAGGGCAACUUUUUAGACAAAUGUUUGACUGCGUGAAAGGUAAUCCCAGCGAAGAAUUUUUUAUUGUGGCUCACGGCGACCUCUGGAUAAAUAAUAUAAUGUGGCGGUGUGAUCACCAUAACAAGUGUGAUGGUGUGAAAUUCAUUGAUUUACAAACGCUUAGAUAUACGUCACCAGUCAUCGACAUAUUACACUUUCUUUAUACAAGCACUGAAUACGUCGUGCGAGAAAAUCACAUGGAUCAACUGAUAGAUGACUAUGUUGAGUCCCUAUACACAACGCUGCAAAAAUUUGAUGUUCAUGAUGAAUAUGUGCCGAAUAUGCAAACAUUAAACGAAAUAAUUAGAAGUGAAUUACGAGAUAGAUACAUGUAUGGUUUGGGUAUUUGCAUGUGGCUUUUGCCUGCUGUAACUUUCCAUCCGGACAAAAUUGUGGAUUUGGAUGCAGUUACAAUCGAUGACUUCAAGAGUGAUAAUCAAGAAAAAACAAUGACGCAAAUGCAGACCCCCGAAUACCAUACACGAAUGAGAGAAACUGUAAUGGAGUUUUACGGGAAGGGAAUUCUGAAUGACAUUACAUAAAAACAGAUAUCAGAGAGGCAAACUAUUUUCAAUAUAGAUUUUAAGUUUAAUUUUUAAACAAUUUGUAUACGGAAUUUCGACAUAAUUUUAAGUAGAAGAAAAUGUAGGAUUAAUAAAAUCCAUUAACCAAUCCAUUAA